CUCCCGCCGCCAGCUGGAGUGGGCGUGUGGGGCGAGGCGGGCCGGGUAGUGAGGGUCCGAGGGGUAGGGAUCUGGCCCUCCUGGCUUCAGCCUCACGGAUCCUGCUACGGGGGAAGACACAAUGGAGAGCAGGUGCUACGGCUGCGCCGUCAAGUUUACCCUCUUCAAGAAGGAGGCGAGUCUUCUCCCCGAGGGCUGGAGGGCCAGGGGGGACGAGGAGCUACGGGGAAAGCAUGGGAUUUGCAGUGCAAAGACCCGGUUUUAUGGCCCCUUUCAGCAGUGUGAUUUUCAUGAAGUCAUUGAUCCUCAGUUUCGAUUUCUGCAAAAUUAGGCUAAGCCUUCCUCUCUUUGGAGUCUGAUGUGAAGAUCUAAAGCGGUGCUGGAGGUGAAAGUACCUUGUAUAUUGUAAAGUGCGUGACUGUCAUUAUCAGAAAACUACGCUUUUUCUCCCUCCCAAGUGUAGAGUCUGCCUGUCAUCUUCUCUCAACCUUUUACCUCCCAGCGCCAUCUUUUGUACCCCGUGACCCUGUCCAUCACAAUGUGCCCUUUGCUCUGAAACCUCGCCCAUCUCUGCAGCCCGCCUUUGCCCAGGUCUCUUUUCCAUAAACACCCUUCUUCCUGCUCCCGGGAAACCAACCUGCCAGGUUCCCCUGGUAAACUGCAGGCUUUCUGUACCUCACGUGUGCCCAGAGCAUAUGACCAGAAGAUGAUGGAACCAGAUGGGAUGAAUUAAUGCCAUGUAGGGAGGCAGGACCAGAUGGCACUUAGAUGACUGGAUUUUGAAGUGGGUUCAAGUUUGACCUCUGCUGUCUUACAGGGUGACUUUAGUUUCAACAAGUCAUGUAACUUCCCAGGCCUCCGCUAAAAUAGAAAAAAUAGCGUGGUGGUGCACGCCUAUAGUUCCAACCUUGGGAGGCUGAAGCAAAAGGAUUGAGCUUGAGGUCAGCCUGAACUACAUAGCAAGACCCUGUCUAAAUAAAUAAAUAAAUAAAUAAGGAAAAUAAUGGUGGACCUCAGGUAUUAAAUAAAAUAAAUGUGUAUGGGGGCUGGUGAUUUAGCUCAGCAACAUAAGCGCCUGCCUUGCAAGUGUGUGGUCGUGAGUUUGAUCCCUGGUACGGAUAAAAAAGAAAAAGACAAAAAAAAAAUAAUGUGUAUGGAUUGGGAAGGCUAAAUCAUAUGAUGAAUAUUAAGUACUAAGCUUAGUGCCUGGCACAGAGUAAGUGCUAUUGUUCGAAUUCCAUUCUGAGCCAAGUCCUUCCAGAGUAGACAAUAUGUAGCCUCUGCACUCUAAAGAUUCUCCUUUGUUGAAGAAUCCAUAGCCUGAAGCACAAGGCUUUGGUCGGGGCAGGGAAUUGAAGAUGAUAGGAAGCAAGGCAAUUUUGCCGAGAGUUUCAUGUGACUUGUAUAAAAGACUAGAAUUCAAGGAAUUGCUUUACCCUCUGCUCAGUUUCUCCCCAGGUCUUGGAGUCCCACUCUUUUCCUCUUCCCAAGAAUUAGUCUUCUUUCUGUAUAUUGCUUGGAGAGCCCAGGGGGGACCCUAACAAGAAGAAGUAGAUCCUUCUGCUUCAUGUCUUUUGUAGUUCGGCUGUAAGAAUUGUGGCCGGGCCUUCUGUUCUGGCUGUCUUAGCUUCAGUGCAGUGGUGCCCCGAACUGGCAACACCCAACAGAAAGUCUGCAAGCAAUGCCAUGAGAUCCUGACCAGGUGAGAGGCCAGCAAGGAUGGGGGUCAGCUAAGCAUGGCAGUGAGCAUCUGGCAGUCCAUCAGAAGUCAGCCCAGAGGGUCUUCUCCUGCCAAUGCCUCCAAGUGGUCACCACCUCAGAACUAUAAGAAGCGUGUAGCAACCUUGGAGGCCAAGCAGAAGCCCAGUCCCCAGAGCCAGGGACUAAGCCAGCAAGACCAAGUCAUCGCUGAGCGUUUAGCGCGGCUCCGCCAGGAGAACAAGCCCAAAUCAGUGCCCUCACAGGCAGAGAUAGAAGCACGGCUGGCUGCAUUGAAGGAUGAACCCCGGGGUCCCAUAACUUCCAUCCAGGAGAUGGAAACUCGGCUUGCAGCACUGAAGGGCAGAGUUCCACCUUCUCAGACCCCUCGGCCAGCAGAUCAGACACCAGAUCGCAGGACCCAGGCUCAGCAGACACAGGAUCUGCUAAUGCAGCUGGCAGCUGAGGUGGCUAUUGAUGAAAGCUGGGAACAAGGAGACCCAGCUGCUAUCUCUCUCCAGAAUGACCUCAAUCAGGGUGGUGCAGGGAGCCAGCACACUAAUUCCCAGGGGCAGAUCAGCUGGUCCCUGGAAGAGGAGAAAAACAGGCUUUUGACUGAGGCAGCAGUUGAGCUCCGGGAGAAGAACACCAGGGAGGAACAGAUCCUGGCCCUCGCCAAGCGACUGGCUAUGUUGCAGGGACGAGAUCCCAACAGAGUGACUCUUCAGGACUACCGCCUCCCAGACAGUGAUGAGGAUGAAGAUGAGGAGACAGCCAUCCGGAGAGUCAUGCAGCAGCUCACUGAAGAAGCUGCUUUGGAUGAGGCAAGUGGCUUUAACAUCCCUGUGGAGCCAGCUUCCCAACCCCCGGCCCAGCACUGGAAGGCAGAGCCUAAGUCCCUGAAGGUCCAGCCUGUGGCUCCUAGGCCCGAGACUGAGGAAGAAGAGCUCCCCUGGUGCUGCAUCUGCAACGAGGAUGCCACCCUGCGCUGCGCUGGCUGUGACGGAGACCUCUACUGUGCCCGGUGCUUCCGGGAAGGCCAUGAUGCCUUUGAGCUUAAAGAGCACCAGACAUCUGCCUAUCGCCCCCUACAUGCUGGCCAAGAGCACUGAGAAAACACUGCUCCUCCUGGGAACACAGCCCUGUGGGUACCUCCAGCCCUAGGCCAUCCGGUGGGACAGAAACUUAGGCUCUGCUGAUGAUAGAUAUGCCAGCUCUGAGCCUUGAUGUCCUUGGAAAGAGGAAGAGUUUCAUUCAUGAUGAUGACUGGAGUAGCCAGAGAGAAGAACAAGCAGGGGCUUUUCUCCAGGAAACCUGGGAUGAAAGUGAGAGGCAUAAUGGAAAAGACCAAAUGGAAUCUAAAGAUGAGCUCUAUAGCAGGCUUCAGGGCCCCGGGCCCUCCCUGGUAUGUAGUAGGGCUAAUAAAGUAUGCUGAGUCUCUC